ACCGCUAGAAAAGAAAUCUUAGUUGAGUUUCCAAUAAAAAUAAUUAAAAGCAAUAUUUGGAUUUGGGCAGCAAAGUCCAAAUCUGUGAUUAUCAACAAAAGGGAGCCCCGAAUUCCGAAUAAAGAAAAGGCUCCCACAACUGCUUUGAUAUCCGUAUUCCGAAAUACACCCUAAACCCACUUUGGUGUAGCCCCAUCAAACAUGGGUUGGAAUUUGGACGUGCGUGGCUGCUAUUUACUGGCCCAUGGCCAAUGGGCAUCCAUCCUUCCUUGCCCUCUUGUUCCCCCCUCCAGCUCUAGGCAGCUACCGUACACUGAAGAUGGAAUCAGAUGAACCCGACGGACACUCACUGAGCAGGAGGGCCGAGUGGUGUGAUGUGACCCCUCUCCCCCAAGAUGAUGGUCCCAACCCAGUAGUCCCCAUAGCCUACAAGGAAGAAUUCCGCGAAACCAUGGACUACUUCCGAGCCAUCUACCAAGCUGAUGAACGCUCCCCUCGUGCCUUCCGUCUCACUCGCCAAGCCAUCGUCGCCAAUCCUGGCAAUUACACCGUGUGGCACUUUAGGCGACUCCUACUCCAAACCCUUAAUGUCGAUUUGUACGAGGAACUGGAUUUCCUUCAACAGAUUGCCAAUUCUAACUCUAAGAACUAUCAAUUGUGGCAUCACCGUCGGUGGGUUGUUGAGAGAUUGGGAAUUGAUGCUAGAGCCAAGGAACUUCAACUCACUAAGAAGAUACUAUCACUUGAUGCCAAAAAUUAUCAUGCCUGGUCACAUAGGCAGUGGGUGCUUCAGGCACUAGGAGGAUGGGAAGAUGAACUUGAUUAUUGUCAGCAGCUCCUUGAAGAAGAUAUUUUUAAUAAUUCUGCUUGGAAUCAGAGAUAUUUUGUUAUAACUAGAUCUCCUUUCUUGGGAGGCCUCAAAGCCAUGAGAGAGUCUGAAGUGAGAUACACUGUGGAAGCCAUUCUGGCCAAGCCAGAGAAUGAGAGCCCAUGGAGAUACCUCCGGGGUCUUUACAAGGACAACAUUGAGGUUUGGGUUAAUGAUCCACAGAUCUCCUUAGUGUGUUUGAAGGUAAUGAAUGCCAAAAGCAACUAUGUAUUUGCUUUGAGUAUGCUUCUGGAUCUUCUAUGUCAUGGUUUUCAACCAAGUGAAGAGUUCAGAGAUGCUGUAGAUGCUCUGUGGACUUCAGACAAUCACCCACUAGAUUCUGACCUGGCAAAAGCAGUUUGUUGCAUCUUGGAGCACGUGGAUUCUUUGAGAGCAAGCUAUUGGAGGUGGCGCAAAUGCAAGCUUCCUCUGGCAGCUUGAUGAUGAACGAAAAUUGGAUGAACAGUAUUUGAACCAUCUCUGUUAAUUGUGGAAAUGCUUUCUGUGUGUGUUGUUCGGUUUAGUCUAUGGUUCCAUGCAUGCAAACUACAGAUAUUGCGAUUUCAUGUACCCUGUUUCCUCAGAUGUGCAUUUGUCAAGCAUGUAAAACUUGAAUGAAUCUGACAUAGCAUUUUAGUUAGAGGUAAUCUUUUCAAGGCAUGUUAUGAUUACUUAAAAGGCACCUCUAGCUUAACUGCAGUGGUUCAAACCCUCCCGCUCAAACAUUGUGCCAACAGGAUAGAAGCACCAGAGUUGGCGGCUUUUGCUCAUUUAUUUGUUAUUUCUUCCAUCUCUGAUGAAAGAUGAAUUUGAUCA